GAGUUGACUAGUCCGACAUCUUUGAGAUUGGUUGUAUUCCCGUAUGUUAUGACUGUAUUUUGAGCUAAUUAUUUCAACCCCGAGUAUUCUUUUGAGAAACUCGACGACACAAGGGACCAGCGGAAUUUGUCUGGAUUUCUCCUGUUUGGAGUGAAGCUUGUGUUUGUCUUUUUCGAAGAUGGGCAGUCAGUACCAGCGCUCAGUACCACUAGAGGUGAGGAGAGCAGAGGGGGAGAGAGUUCGGGCCAAGCAUCCUGACAAGAUACCGAUCAUUGUGGAGAGGGCCCCGAGGUCUCGAGCUCCUGAACUGGACAAGAAGAAAUACCUAGUGCCCUCAGAUUUAACAGUGGGCCAGUUGUGCUUCCUGAUACGCCAGCGUGUGUCUUUGAGACCAGAGGAGGCACUCUUCUUCUUCGUCAACAACUCCCUUCCCCCAUCCAGCUCCCCUCUCUCUGCUGUAUAUGAGGAGCACCAUGAAGAGGACCUGUUUCUCUACAUGACCUACAGUAAUGAGAGUGUGUAUGGUGCCUGAGGGUGGACAAUAGACUGGAGAAAGAGAAAGAGAGAGAGAGAGACAGGGAGAGAAUGAGAGGAGACUAAGUAAGACUGUCUGAAGAAUUAAGGCUGUUUGUAAUGCUUCACAACACUAUUAUUCUUUGUAUUAGUUUUGAUAAAUAACUACAGUACAUGGUGGAAGAAAGGCUUCACACAAGGCAGAGGGCUUUGGGAAGUUUACUUAUGUCAGUAUUUUGGGGUGAGCAUAAUGCAUUUUCAGUAUACUUCAAGUUAUGUUGAUUCCUUACUCAGUGAAAAGAGAAAGAGGAAGAAUGAAAAGAAAAAAUAAGAAUGCAUUGUAAAAGGAAGUUAUUGAGAACAUGUUGAGGGAGCUCUCAUUAUCUUUCUCAGUCAUCUGUAUUUAAUGCAAAUAGUAUUUUUUUUGUAAAUUAAUAUCAUAAACUUUUGUGAAAAAUAAAGGUGAAAAUGCAUA